CCCACUUCUUGGUGGCUUAUUGGUAGCUGUGUCAUUCCGUUGGGUAUUUGCCAUUAACCUACCCUGUGCCUUGGUUUCAAUGGUGCUUUGCUUUUUCUUGCUUCGUGGUAAUGUAAAAGUGGGCCAAUCCGCGCACAGGCUGCCCACUUUGUCUGUGGAGAAAGAGACGGUUUUACAGAAAAUUCUCCGCAUCGACUGGGUUGGAACACUGUUCUUUGUGGGUGGGGGAAUCCUCAUCCUCCUCGCCCUGAAUUGGGGAUCAACUAAUGAGUGGGGAUCAGCCAGAGUGAUCGUCAGCUGGAUUAUCGGUGGACUCCUCUUCGUAGCCUGUAUUCUGUGGGAGUACAUCCUUGAGCAUCAAAUGUUCAGCAUCAACCCCUCUUCUAUCAGCGUACUUCGAGCUGAUCCUAUGCUACCGCUGGAAAUUUUCCGUUCGUACGAUGUUUCCACGGUUGAAUAUGGAUCAUUCAUCUCUGGUUUGGUCAUGCUUGUGAUGUUCUACUUCGUCUCCAUCUUCAUGACUAUUGUAACGGGCCUCUCGCCUGCUAAAGCUGGCGUGCAGUUGGUUUACUUUGCACCCGGCAUGGGGGGUGGGACUCUCAUCUCGAUCUUCAUGAUCAGGCAUCUCAGACAACCCAAGUAUCCCAUCAUAUUCGGGUCUAUCGUUAUCACUGUUUCCCUCGGGUUGAUCCAGAUGGCCAUGAAUUUUAACAACCAAAAUCAAGUCAACGGCUUUAUGGUUAUGUCUGGCGUUGGUGUAGGCCUUACGGCGGGCUCACUUGCAGUCCAUGCUCGGUUCUCGCAGCCAACAAAUCGCGUAGCAAUUGUGAACGCCUUGACCCUUUUCUUCCGGUCAUUAGGAGGAACCGUCGGACUCGCUCAAUGCGCUGCUGUAAUGAAUGCUAAAGUUACUCGGUACCUCACCGCUCAAAUCCGCAGCGGUACACUUUCAGCUUCUGAUAUUAGUGCCCUAGCCGCCGCUUCUGCCAAUGGAGGAUUGGAUUCAUUGCAAAGUCUCGGAGGUCUGCCCACCAAUGUUCAAAACGUAGUACGUGACGCUUUCAGAAACGGUGUUCGUUGGAGUUUCAUCUCCUUGAUUCCUUGGUGUGGGCUCGCUGUUAUCUUUACUUUGUUCCUCUCGAAUAUUAGGGAUAGGAAAGGGGAAAAUAAACAGGCUGAAACUGGUCAGGCCAAAGAGAAGGUGUCGCAUAUCGACUCCGGCCAAAAUAUUAGCAAUCACGAACAGGUUCACGGCGAGGAGCAGGUUGCCCCGGUUACGGGCUCCUAACUACUUCUCUCUCUUGAUUCAAUAAAUGGGACUGGGACUAGUUUCAUUUAUGAUUAGUUCAUGCUAUUUAUUUAGUUAGCAGCUCAUUGAGUUAUUGUUGUUUUCAAGCAUCGUAUAUAUCCGCACCAUCGUCACAUGCCUUAUUGUAUCGUAGAUAGUGUUUAAAAAGGUUGGGCAUAGUCCACGAGCUAUACUGAGAACAGGGUCCGCAUGUCUCUGUAGUACACUUCAAGCCAUACUGUACUUCUCAUCUUGAUACAAAGGAAGAUCACCGUACUUGGCCCCUUUAUAAUCGUUAUCCAUGUAAUCCAUCUUGACCUUACCAACCUCAGGAACAUCUGUCGGAGGGUUGAUAUACUGGUAUAAAUCGUCAAUUUAG